AUGAGCGGGAAGUGGAGACAUGAUUCGUGGGAGUAACAACGCGUCGCGCUAGGUUCUCACUGCAGAGAAGCACCAUGGACGCUAUGGCAGAACAGCGCCCUGCGCUAAGCGCUGCAAGUGCCAGAAUGCACUACGGACAAAACGCAACUGAAGAGUCGAUGCGGCAUGGGCAAAUGACAGCGCCAUGCGCUCUGUGGCGCCCCAUCCCGCUGCGAUCUGCGAUCAAAUAGCGCAGCGAAGUCUCAUGAAGGAUGAGGAGGAGAGAGGAGGAGGAGAGAGGAGGACAGGUCGCCUGAGCCCUUCGGGGAAACCCUCCACUGCAGGCAAGCCAGGACGCUUCGCCACUGCUUGAUGCACGGCUGCGCCGCACGGGAAAAUCUCGCGCUGGGGCGGCGUGCUCCGCGGCCCGAGGACGCUGCUCACAUCACGGCACAGCCGCACUUUGGGCCAUUCUUCGCGGGCUGGCUGUGCUCCCUCUGCCUGCGCGGAUUGCUGGAUGGGUCGCCGAGCUAUCAAGGCGCACGAUGCGAGUGCACACGUGCUCGAGAAGCGCUAGCCAGUUCAGCUUGCUUCAAUGUAGGAAGGGUCGAUCGCCAGUUGCAGCAUGGGCGCUACCGAUCAGCCUCCAUCGCAGUGUGGCGUCAUAGCUUCAACCUACAUCGUCUUAUCGCUUGUUUCCAGAACGUGUCAUUCAACGAAUGCCUUAGCUCUGUCACGUGCACAAGAGACGUGUAAACAAACGUGGAGGCGAGCGCGAGUGGAGAGAACUAGUGCAGACUCUGGCUUCCAGACGCAGUGCCUAAAUAUGAAAGUACAUAUGGGGCCCAGAUCACAUGACAACGCGAAUCUUCGUAAGCACUGAGAAUGCAAGGGGAUGUGGAGCACGGCAUGCAUGUUCAUGUAACCCCGCAGGCCUCAUAUCUCACACGCAUGUGAACAUCCACUCCAAGCAGGUCCUUGUCCUUGCAACCCCCUCCCAGUGAACUGGACUGCUACACAAACGCCCCCCGGCGGGACACUCAGGAGAGCAUCGGUGCGCUCGCGAGCCCUGGUGCGUGAUACUUCGCGCUCCU